UGCCUACUUCAGUGUGUCUGUUCUGAGAGCAGCCUCUUAUUCACAACCUAGCAUCCUGCCCUGCUGGAAUGUGUGUUGAACUCAGCAACCGGGUGCUCUCCUCAUCGCGGAUCUCAGGGACCCCACGGCGCCCCAGGAAUGUGGCAGAGAGGGAAUGAAUGCAUGGAUAGACAAGUAAACAGACCUUGGAACUAGUCUGAGUUUGCUUAAUCCUCAGAAACACCGAGUUGGUUUUCAUUUAACGGGCAUGGAGGUGUUGAGUAGCUUCUUAGAACUGCACAGCUAGGCAGAGGAGCCUGGGUCCCACUGCAGAAUGUGCUCCUCGUAUAAAGGUUCAUCCUCACACUCAUCCCCAGCCUGCCCUGAGGCCGCAUAUGCUAAGCCUGGAGCUCCCUGCAGAGGCUGCUUCUCCUGCCUCUUCUCACCUUGGCUCUACCUUCAUCAGACAGCGUUCCCUGCAGGUCUUUGACUACAUCUCUUAACCAUCAUCUCCAUGGGAUACGAUUCUGUUAACAAAAACUGAAGGAAAUGAACAGAGAACAUUAGGUUGAGUAAAUUCAUCAUAAGGACAUCAUGGCUGUAUUGUAGGUCCUCACAAGGACCUAUUGCCUCUCCAUGGGAGAGGUCCAUCGCACACGGGGACCAGGCCACAGUGACUUUUCUUGCAUUCCUGGCCAGCAGGAGCUGCCAUCGACUCAUAGCCACAGAACACCACGAGCCAGAUUGAGUUUCUAGAUGCUGUCCUGAGCUCCUGGGAGAGGAAACUGUGCCCUUUGGGGAUGCCGUGCUGGCCACCUGGGACACCUGCAUCGGGAGUGAGGUCUGCGAGGAGCUCUGGACACCACACAGCCCACAUGUUGACAUGGGCCUGGAUGGAGUGGAGAUCAUCACCAAUGCCUCCGGCAGUCACCACGUGCUGCGCAAAGCCCACGCCAGGGUGGACCUGGUGACCAUGGCCACCACCAAGAAUGGAGGGAUCUACCUGCUGGCCAACCAGAAGGGCUGCGAUGGUGACCGUCUCUACUACGACGGCUGCGCCAUGAUAGCAAUGAACGGGAGCAUCUUUGCGCAGGGGUCCCAGUUCUCUCUGGAUGAAGUGGAGGUCCUGACCGCCACCUUGGACCUUGAGGAUGUGAGGAGCUACAGGGCAGAAAUUUCUUCUCGCAACCUGGCGGCCAGUAGGGUCAGCCCCUACCCCCGAGUGAAGGUGGACUUUGCGCUCUCACACCACGAGGACUUGCUGCAGUCCGUCACUGAGCCUGUGGAGUGGAAGUACCACAGGCCCGAGGAGGAGAUAAGCCUUGGACCUGCCUGCUGGCUCUGGGAUUAUUUAAGACGAAGCCAACAGGCGGGGUUUUUCCUGCCCCUGAGUGGGGGUGUGGACAGCGCAGCUACUGCCUGCCUCGUCUACUCCAUGUGCUGCCAGGUCUGUGAGGCGGUGGCAAGAGGAAAUCAGGACGUGUUGGCUGACAUCCGGGCCAUUGUGGAUGAGAGCAGCUACACCCCUCAGGGCCCUCAGGAGCUGUGUGGACGCGUACUGACCACCUGCUACAUGGCCAGUGAGAACUCCUCCCAGGAGACGUGCAGCAGGGCCCAAGAGCUGGCCCAGCAGAUUGGAAGCCACCACAUCGGUCUCAACAUUGACCCAGCCGUGAAGGCCAUUGUGGGCAUCUUCAGCUUGGUGACAGGGAAAAUCCCUCUGUUUGCAGCUCAUGGAGGAGGCAGCAGAGAAAACCUGGCACUGCAAAACGUGCAGGCUCGGAUCAGAAUGGUGCUCGCCUACCUGUUUGCCCAGCUGAGCCUCUGGUCCCGGGGUGCCCGUGGUGGGCUCCUUGUGCUUGGAUCUGCCAACGUGGAUGAGAGUCUGCUCGGCUACCUGACCAAGUAUGACUGCUCCAGUGCAGACAUCAACCCCAUUGGCGGAAUCAGCAAGACUGAUCUGAGAGCCUUCGUCCAGUUCUGCAUGGAGCAGUUCGGGCUUCCUGCGCUGCAGGGCAUCCUCUCAGCACCAGCCACCGCAGAGCUGGAGCCCUUGGCCAACGGGCAGGUGUCCCAGACAGAUGAGGAUGACAUGGGGAUGACGUACUCAGAGCUCUCAGUGUACGGGAAGCUCAGGAAGAUAGCCAAGGCGGGGCCCUUCAGCAUGUUCUGCAAGCUCCUCACCAUGUGGAAGGACACCUGCACCCCAAGACAGGUGGCUGACAAGGUGAAGCGAUUCUUCUGGAAAUACUCUGUGAACAGACACAAGAUGACCACGCUCACCCCUGCGUAUCACGCGGAGAACUACAGCCCUGAUGAUAACAGGUUCGAUCUGCGGCCCAUCCUGUACAACACGCGCUGGCCGUGGCAGUUCCGGUGCAUCGAGAGCCAGGUUCUUCAGCUUGAGAAGAAAACGAGGCAGGACCUGGACGGCUCAGACUGAGGGUCACACCUGCCUGAAGCCUCCCUUUCCUGGGACAUGUGACGUUGGUGUAACCCUGGCCAAGGGGAGCCAUACGUGAAUCAGUUUGCUUUUUGUUCUUUGUUUUUGUUUUGGUGUUUUUGUUUUGUUUUGGCACUAGGCACUUAUGCCGCUGAGCUACCUCCCUGAGCCAUAAAUCAGUUUUAUUUCAUGUUCAGAGCCAGAAAAGUCUUUUCAUUGUAAUUCCUUCAAGAGAAGCGAAAAUAAAGCGAGUAUAUUCUUGAACCCUGA